AUGUCCAAACCUUCAGACCACAUCAAGCGACCCAUGAAUGCCUUCAUGGUAUGGUCCCGAGGCCAGCGGCGCAAGAUGGCCCAGGAAAACCCCAAGAUGCACAACUCAGAGAUCAGCAAACGCCUAGGUGCCGAGUGGAAGCUUCUGUCCGAGGCAGAGAAGCGGCCGUACAUCGAUGAGGCCAAGAGGCUACGCGCCCAGCACAUGAAGGAGCACCCUGACUACAAGUACCGGCCGCGGCGCAAGCCCAAGAACCUGCUGAAGAAGGACAGGUAUGUCUUCCCCCUGCCCUACCUGGGCGACACGGACCCGCUCAAGGCGGCCGGCCUGCCCGUAGGGGCCUCCGACGGCCUCCUGAGCGCGCCCGAGAAAGCCCGGGCCUUCUUGCCGCCCGCCUCGGCGCCCUACUCCCUGCUGGACCCCGCGCAGUUUAGCUCGAGCGCCAUCCAGAAGAUGGGUGAAGUGCCCCACACCUUGGCCACCGGCGCGCUGCCCUACGCGUCCACCCUGGGCUACCAGAACGGCGCUUUCGGCAGCCUCAGCUGCCCCAGCCAGCACACGCACACGCACCCGUCCCCCACCAACCCGGGCUACGUGGUGCCCUGUAACUGUACCGCCUGGUCUGCCUCCACCCUGCAGCCCCCCGUCGCCUACAUCCUCUUCCCGGGCAUGACCAAGACUGGCAUAGACCCCUAUUCGUCAGCCCACGCCACGGCCAUGUAA